AACAGAGCAAAGGAUUGAGCUAAGAAACUCGGUACAAAGAAAAGAACAUGUGGAGAGGCACUAAUGAAGGGAGAUAAUUAGCACAAAGGGAGCUAAGAUACUCAAAAUAAUUACAAACCAAGAAUGAAGACUAACACUCAUCUAGGAAAACUAAACGCAAAUGCACAAAAGAAAGAACAAGAAUAUACAAACGAAACACAAAGACAUAAAGUAUCACAGCAUCUGGUUGCUAGCAAAAAUGAACUCAGAAUUUAACUGAACGAGGAAAGACCUACAGAGCAUAAAAACCCCAUAAGCUGUGCGUCGUCUGCUGCUCAGACGCUGAGCUGAGUCUGUGUAGUGGAAGGAAGCAGAGAUGUCCGGUACAAUGCUGCUGUUGGGGUUCUGGGGUCUGUGUUUACUGUGGACGGCCGGCGCCAUGGAGCGAGGUCCAGUUAGUCUAAACGAGAUGUUCAGGGAGGUGGAGGAGCUGAUGGAGGACACUCAGCAUAUGCUGGACGAGGCGGUGCACAAGAUAACUAAUGAAAGUGCAAAAUUCUCCUCAUUCCCUAUGGAUCUGCCUCCCAAUUACCACAAUGAAACCAGGAAGACGGUAAAGGGCAACAAUGGGGAAACUCAGAUCCUGGAUCAAACAGACAAGGAAACUGACAACAGAACAGGAGAGACUUAUACUUCACAUGUGCAUGUGGAAGUCUCUGGCCAGUGGAACAGUGUGGCGCAUGAGUGCAUGGUGGAUGAGGACUGUGGGGACCUAAAAUACUGUUUGUAUGAGAUUGAGAACUCAAGGUGUCUUCCCUGCAUAGCAACAGAUAUGCCAUGCUCAAAGGAUGAGGAGUGCUGCUCAGAUCAGAUGUGUGUUUGGGGUCAGUGUACAAUGAACGCCACCCUGGGGGCAGCGGGGACUAUCUGUCAGGGUCAGAGCGACUGCAGGCCAGAUCUCUGCUGUGCAUUUCAACGAGAGUUUUUGUUUCCAGUAUGCAGUCCUAAACCUUCAAAGGGAGAAUCCUGCCUGAACCACCCCAACCUUCUUAUGGACAUGCUGGAAUGGGACCAGGAGGGCCCCAGAGAUCACUGUCCAUGUGUGGCCAACCUACAUUGUCAACCCCAUGGUCGUGGAUCCGUGUGUGGGGAGUAGGACUGAAGGUGUAAAGGUUUCCAAAGAGUUCAGUUCAGUGCAGUGUCCCAUCUGGACAUCACCUGUAUUCUUUAUGCUAUUUAUGCUUAACUGCAAGUCUGUAUUGAAAGAAAAAAAGUAAAUAAAUUACUUUAAUUUA